UUCGUUUUUGCACAUAAAACGUCCUUAACUUUUGGAUAUCGGCACGUAUUUAUGUACUGGCACGUAUUUCUAACACUCCGCUAACAUAAUUCAGAGCCUUUCGACUAAUAUAUUCAAGAUCACGUUUAUAAAAUGUUCUAAUAUAGGUCCGACCACUCCUUCAUAUGUCUUAAAUUAAAGGAGAUGAACUGUGACAAGUAAAGCUUGAGUUAAAUAGCGUGAAUUAUGGACAUGAACUCUAUUAUGAGCAUAAUGAUGAUAAAGCUGUCUGUGCUGAAGAAUGGAAAGCUGCGCUGGGCGGUAUGCAGGCCGGCAUAACGCUCGGUUGGACGUCACCGAUCCUGCCGUAUCUCACAUCGGCGGAAUCCUUCCUUCCGGAACUGUCCGUAAAUCAGAUCUCGUGGAUAACAUCCCUGCUGGUGCUGGGUGCCAUUGUGGGCGCGGUGCCGGCCGGCAAGAUCGCCGAUCGAAUCGGUCGGAAAUGGGCCAUCCUCUUGACGGCUGUGCCAUUCACCACGUGCUGGCUCACCUUGCUCACGGCCGAGAACAUCGUCAGUAUAUAUGUCGCUCGGUUCAUUGGCGGAAUCGGCACCGGAGCGGCUUGCGUCCUCGUACCGGUCUACGUCGGCGAAAUCGCCCAGGCAUCGAUUCGCGGCGCCCUGGGCGCCUUCUUCCCUCUGCUCUUCUCCUCGGGGAUCAUGUUCUCAUAUGUGGCGGGCGCAUACUGCUCCUACGUGGCCUUCAACAUCGCCUGCUGCGCCAUGCUGGUGCCCUUCGUCCUGAGCGUGCCCUUUAUGCCGGAGUCGCCGUUAUGGCUGGUACAGAAGGGUCGUAAGAUCCAGGCCGCCAAGGUGCUGACGAUUUUACGGGGAUCGCAUUAUGACGUCCCGGGGGAGAUAGCCGUUCUCCAGGAUGACGUUGACAGAAUGGCGAACGCAUCGGGCGGCCUCAAAGACCUCGCCGGGACUAAAGCUGGACGUAGAGCCGCUGUCACCUGCAUAGGACUCAUGUUCUUUCAACAAUUGUCCGGCGUAGACGCGAUUCUAUUCUACACGGUCAGCAUCUUUCAGGCGGCGAACAGUACAAUCGAUCCCUUCCUGGCUACCAUCGUCAUCGGAUUCACCGAAGUCGUAAUGACGAUAUUCGUCGCUAUCGUAAUUGACAGAUUCGGCCGAAAGCCGCUCCUGGUAAUAUCCGGCACAAUAAUGACCCUUUGUCUGAGCGUCCUGGGUUACUGUUUCAAGCUCAAGGAUGAAGGAAGUGACGUGAGCAGCUUCGGCUGGCUGCCGCUGACCAGCCUCGCUCUCUUCAACGUUGUCUUCUCAAUUGGUUACGGAUCCCUGCCGUUCACGGUAAUAAGCGAGAUAUUUCCGCCGGAAACCAAGGGUGUUGCCAGCAGCCUGUCUAUCGUGGUGCACUGGUGCUUGGUGUUCGCCGUCACCAAGCUGUUCCCGACCAUGGAGGACAGGAUGGGCCAGGCCGCGACCUUCUGGACGUUCUCGUGCUUCACCGCCGUAUCCGUGUUCUUCGCGUACUUCGUAGUGCCGGAGACGAAGGGCAAGACGUUGCAGGAGAUACAGAGCAAGCUCAAACGAAGGCAAAAGUCGAAAACGGAGUGUCAGGUCGAACCGGUCUGAAACUACCGGCUAUCCUGCGAUCACCUUGUCGCACUUUUGCAGUGCUGAGAUUAAGGAAUGGUCGCUGGAGGUCGAAACGCUAAAGUCCUGAUGGCUGUUGAGGGAGAGAAAGACAGAGAGAGAGAGAGAGAGAAAAAAAGAGAGAGAAAGACACAUACAUACACGUGUCUUACACUUUAUUUUUUCUUUUUUACAAGAACGUAUUUAUCGUAACUGACCCAAUUUGCAGAGUUCCUUAUCUUUUCUGCGCAAUUAUUGUAUGAUGAACGACUUUCAAGUGUUGUAAACACCACCUAUAUAUAGACGUUACAUUUCUUUUAUAUGUUGAAUAAUCUUGUUGUUUUGAAAAAUAUUUUGUGUUUUAUACGCAAGAUAAUAAUGUUAUGUUUCUUCAUUGAAUUAACAAAAUUUUGUGUCGCAAACGAUGUUAUCGACAAUGUCCGAGUUAAAGUGAAUUCCAUCCACUGGAUGUCACGCGCUACACGUUUAUCACGAGAAAUAUAAGUGUGCUGACAUGAGAAAUAAGUAGAGAUGGCAAUAGAAACAUAUUUCUUCACGCGCUAAUCGCAAACUACGCACAGAACAAUAUUGCAAUUGUUUUCUACCUUCUAGCUAAUGUUGCUAAAUAAUAAUGCAACAAAUGAUAAUGCGAAAAACCUUUUUCGUGAUGCUCUCAACAGCACUUAUCUUUCUUAUCGAGUCACAGUAACAGAAAUGAAUAAAUACUUGCAUCUCUUGAAACUCAAAGGGGUAAUGCUGCAGAACGUUAUUGCUUGAUUUCAUUAGGCAUUUAUGUUACUUUAUAUGCAAAUUUUAAUCUAACUAAACUUUUAUAUAUGUUUAGCUCUGUAACUUAUUUUAAAAGCGCUCAACUAUUCCGACGUUUGCAUAUGCAAUUUUUCAACGCGCUGCAUAA